CUGCCAGCAGGUGGAGGCCUGAAACAUUACUGUGAUCACAACAACAACAGAUUUCUCUAAAGAACAAGAAACAACCCUGGGCCCAAGAAAAUGGAUUUGUCUGCAAAAAUCUCAGAUCUUCCCAGUGGUCCCUUAGAUGUCUACAGAAAAAUGGCAUCCUUCAACUGGAAGGAAAUGCUGAGGUUCAUGGAUGGUGAGGAAAUAAUUGCUUUCAAGCAGCAUAUUUUCCACACCCUAGAGAACGACCCGCUCUUUGCCAGGCAACCGGGCGAGGAUAUCUCGCUCGAACUGAGGAGAGAGCUUACUUUUCGCCGCUGCAAACAGCUGUUUAAGUACAACUUCCUGGACCAGGAUGAGAUGAUGCAGAAUCCGUGGAAGGUAACGGUUCUCAACGACUGUGUGGGCAUGUAUGAUUGGUCCUUAGGGGCCAAGUUCUUCCUCAACAAAGGGAUGUUUGCACGUACAGUGGAUAGCUCUGGAUCUCAGAGGCACUUCAAAUUUGUGCAGGAUACAGAAGAUAUGAAGAUCUAUGGCUGUUUUGCACUGACAGAACUGAGCCAUGGCAGCAACACAAGGCUCAUGAGGACAACAGCUAAAUAUGACCCUAGCAGCCAGGAGUUUGUAAUAAACUCCCCAGACUUUGAGGCAGCAAAAUUCUGGGUUGGAAACUUAGGGAAAACUGCCACCCAUGCUGUUGUGUUUGCCCAGUUGUACACACCUGAUGGAGUCUGUCAUGGACUGCACUCAUUUGUGGUUCAGGUUAGAGAUCCCAAAACAUUACUGGCAAUGCCGGGGGUAAUGGUUGGAGACAUGGGAAAGAAAUUGGGCCAGAAUGGGCUAGACAACGGUUUUGCAGUUUUCCACAAUGUGAGGAUCCCUCGAGAAAAUCUGCUCAACAAAACUGGAGAUGUGACGCCACACGGACAAUACGUGACCCCUUUUAAGGACCCUAAUAAACGCUUUGGGGCCUCACUAGGUGCUUUGUCUGGUGGAAGAGUGUCCAUAACUAGAAUGGCAGUGGUUAAUCUGAAGUUGGCCUUGACGAUCGCUGUGCGGUUCUCAGCCACACGACGUCAGUUUGGGCCUAAAGACGAUGAGGAGAUCCCAGUAUUGGAGUACCAGCUACAGCAAUGGCGACUUCUACCAUAUGUAGCAGCAGUCUAUGCACUGGACCUGUUCUCCAAAUCCUUUUACAUGAACUUUGUGGAGUUUCAGAUUGGUCUCUUGAUGAAGGACAGUAGUGACAGACAGGCUGAGCUGGGUAGAGAGAUUCAUGCCAUGUCGUGCUCUAGUAAGCCUCUGGGUUCUUGGACAGCUCAGCGGGGCAUUCAGGAAUGCCGUGAAGCCUGUGGAGGGCAUGGAUACCUGGCCAUGAACCGCCUCGGAGACAUCCGUGAUGACAAUGACCCGAACUGCACAUAUGAGGGAGACAACAAUGUUCUUCUACAACAAACUAGCAAUUAUUUGCUUAGCCUGCUCCAGCACCAGCAGCAAGGCAAAGGAAGAAUUGAGUCUCCCCUUGAGACAGUGAACUUCCUGGACAACUGGAAAAGAAUUUUGGAAAGCAGCAGGUUCACAGCUGCCUCAGUAGAGGAGUGCAUGGACUCAGCAGUGCCUCUGGCAGCGUAUAAGUGGCUGGUGUGCUUCUUGCUGUGGGAGAGUCAGAGGAAGCUGAGUGAGCAGAAAGCUCUGGGGUUGGGAGACUUUGAGGCACGCAACAACAGCCAGGUGUAUUACUGUCGCUCAUUGGCAAUAGCCUACAUUGAGCACACGGUUCUGCAGCGCUUUCAUGACAUGGCUAGGGAUGAUCAAGCUCCACCAAGUGUCCGAUCAGUUCUGAGGAAGAUGUGUGCUCUCUAUGGCCUCUGGACGCUCACCAACCACAUGGCCAUCCUCUAUCAAGGAGGCUAUAUGUGUGGAAAAGAGCCAGCUGACUUCAUGCAGAAUGCUGUCCUCAGUCUCUGUAGACAGCUCAAAGAUGAUGCUGUGGCUUUGGUUGAUGUAAUUGCUCCUCCUGACUUUAUUCUGAACUCACCCAUUGGCAACGCUGAUGGUGAGCUCUACAAGAACUUGUGGGCUGCUGUCAUGCAGGGAAAGAACGUUCUGGAACGUCCAUCUUGGUGGGCGGAGUUUUGUUCUGACAAGCCGGUAGUGGGAUCCCUCCGAGCCAAGCUCUAAUGAGCAGGUCUGUUGUGUGCUGCUUCAACCUUGGCAUAAUGUCCAUAUUAAAAGGAAAAAGCUUUCUUUAAUAAAUCCUCUAGUUAAAUUUCACUCACACUAUCAAAGAACAAAGACGUUAGAUCUGGAUUAACACAUGAUGAUGAUGAUGAUAAUAAUAAUAAUAAUAAUAAUAAUAAUAAUAAUAAUAAUAACAGAACAAGCAUAAUGCAUUGUUUUUGCCUUCUAACAAAACUUACUGUAGAAUAUAUACUUCGGAUAAGUAGUUUGGAUGAGUGUUGGAUUUUAUCAUGUUUAUAAUUAUAUAUGAAAUUCUAUAAUUUAAUAUUAUAUAUAAAAGGAUCUAAUAUGAUCAGCAGUGCAAUAGUGUUAGUUAUAAAAGAAACACAUUUGUGUCGUAUAAUUACGCUUAUCUUAAUAUUACACAUAUUUAUUAUUAUAGUAAUUAUUAUUAUAAAUUGUUCUAAUCAGCAGUUACUAGACAAUUACUAUUUUAACUGUUUCUGUAAUUUGCUGUACAAUUAUAUUUUCUGAAAUGAUAUUGAUAAAAAUGGUUUGAAAUAUCAGUUUGAUUUACAGUUUUGACUUGACAUUAUUGGAUAAAUAUUACAAACCCUUUGCAAAUGUUUGGUGGAAUGGUAUUUUGUUUAGAAUGUUGUUCUAAGUUAACCUAUAAACAGGUAAAACUCUAUAACAAUGCUCAAGUUAAAAGUAAAGUCACAUCUGUGUUUCCCUUCUACGUUCAACUCGGAUCACGGAAGACUGCAGCUCCACAGAGAUUUAUAAAGAUUUAUGGUUUUCCUUCUUCAAUUUCAAGUUGUGUUAAAUGAGGUAGAAUACUAAACACUUCAGUGCUCCAUCAUUCCUGAAUGAAACUUUUCAAGUAUUUUAGCAACCGACUCAACAGCACAUUUUCUUUUCCAUAGUCUAGGGAUUUUUAGAUGUAGUGCAGGUGUUGCAUUCCUGAGCCAACACCUGGCUGACAGUUAAAAAUCACAUAAAAAUAGGUUUUUCUACUAGUGAUGGUUUUAUGAAAUUUGUUUACUUAUUUAAUUUGCCGUUAAUUGGUUUAAUCUUAUAUGUGAGACAAAUCUGUUAAGUGACAUUCGUUUGUUAGAAAAAAAACCUACUAAAACAAUUUCAGCACAAAAAA